GACGACUUCCGGCAAUAAUCUCCGACGCGUCGCCGUCAGGUGCGGACGGAGGCCGUUGGCGCGUCAGGAGAACUAUGCCUUUUUUGGGUCAGGACUGGAGAUCUCCUGGAUGGAGUUGGAUUAAAACAGAAGAUGGCUGGAAAAGAUGUGAAUCCUGUAGUCAGGAACUUGAAAGAGAGAAUAAUCAGUGUAACAUCAAUCACAAUGUUAUCUUAAAUAGUGAAGAUGAAGAAAUAUUCAAUAAUGAACAGCAUGAAUAUACAUCCAAAAAAAGGAAAAAGGACCAUUUUAGAAAUGACACAAAUACGCAAAGUUUUUAUCGUGAAAAAUGGAUCUAUGUCCAUAAAGAAAGCACAAAAGAAAGGCAUGGCUAUUGUACCUUGGGGGAAGCCUUUAAUCGAUUAGACUUCUCAAGUGCAAUUCAGGAUAUCCGAAGGUUCAAUUAUGUGGUUAAACUAUUGCAGCUAAUUGCAAAAUCCCAAUUAACUUCAUUGAGUGGUGUCGCACAAAAGAAUUACUUCAACAUUUUGGAUAAAAUCGUUCAAAAGGUUCUUGAUGACCACCAAAAUCCUCGCCUGAUCAAAGAUCUUCUCCAAGACCUAAGCUCUACCCUCCGCAUUCUUAUUAGAGGUGUAGGGAAGUCUGUAUUGGUGGGAAACAUCAAUAUUUGGAUUUGCCGAUUGGAAACUAUUCUCACCUGGCAACAACAACUACAGAAUCUUCAGAUGACUAAGCAGGUGAACAGUGGCCUCACUCUCAGCGACCUUCCUUUGCACAUGCUGAACAACAUCUUGUACCGGUUCUCAGACGGAUGGGACAUCAUAACUUUAGGCCAAGUGACCCCCACGCUGUACAUGCUCAGUGAAGACAGACAGUUGUGGAAGAAACUGUGCCAGUACCAUUUUGCCGAAAAGCAGUUUUGUAGACAUUUGAUCCUUUCAGAAAAAGGUCAUAUCGAAUGGAAGUUGAUGUAUUUUGCACUUCAGAAAUAUUACCCAACUAAAGAACAGUAUGGAGACACUUUACAUUUUUGUCGGCACUGCAGCAUUCUCUUUUGGAAGGACUACCAUCUUGCUUUAUUAUUCAAGGACUCGGGACACCCAUGUACUGCGGCCGACCCCGACAGCUGCUUCAUGCCCGUGUCUCCACAGCACUUCAUUGAUCUCUUCAAAUUUUAAAGGCAGCCCUCACCCCUGCUGUCCCUGUCAAAGGUUGUGCAUUGUGCUUUUUGUGCGAUAGCUGGUAGUAAAUGUUCUUUGUGAUCAAAAGCAUUGACUAGGUGGGUGACUAGUGGCGUCCUGUGAGGCCUGUGCUUCCAGAGAGAACAUGAAGAGUUAUUCCUCAGCAGCUAAGGGGUAGGAAUGCAUUGUUGCAUAAUUUGAUCUUUGAAGGGGGUCAAGGGACCCAAGCAAAAUCAUUUUUAUUUCUUUAAAAACUUCUUUCUUUCUAAGCAUAUUAAAAUUUGAAAUUUUGCAUAUUUAUAAAUGGUUCAAAAAAGAUUUGGGGUUUUCAGCCCCACAUUCUAUGCUGAACUGGCACUAAUGGCCAAGAUUGUGCUUCUUAAUUGUCAAAUUAUUGUUUCCCAGUUUUAUGGUAAUUGGGGUUGGGAGACACAACAAUUGAUCCUUGUAAAUAUAUUGUGCAGAAUAUUUAUUUUUUCUUAAAAUGUAUUUUAACAACUGCAUAUGCUGUGCCCAGAUGAGUCUUCUUUAAAUAUACAGUGAACCUAGGGAAAUGCUGGCCAUAUUUCAUCAUAGUGUUUAUCAAUCAGGUUGUAAAUUGUGCCAACUGUCCACAGCCUGACAAUGGUAUGGUGGGCUCUGUGCUCCUGAGAGCCCCUAGUGUGGGGGCUAAUCUGUGUAUUCACAUCUGGACCAAGGAAGGGACCAAACCCACAUUUGGAGCAUUUGCCAAGACUGAGUCAGGAGCAGCCCAAUGUAGUCUAAACUUUACUUGUGUUGAAACUACU